AUGAGGACACAGGACGACGCCACCACGGAGAGGAAUCAACUCCGGGGCACACCUUUUCCGUUUGACCGUUUCCCCAUUUACGAAUGUUUCUUUGACUUGCAGGGUGACUUUGUAGAUAGAGGUUACUAUAGUCUUGAGACUUUCACUUACCUCCUCGCACUAAAAGCCAAGUGGCCUGACCGUAUCACGCUGUUGCGAGGCAAUCACGAAAGCAGGCAGAUAACACAAGUGUAUGGAUUUUAUGAUGAGUGCCAAACCAAAUACGGGAAUGCUAAUGCUUGGAGAUACUGUACCAAAGUCUUUGACAUGCUCACAAUAGCAGCUUUAAUAGACGAGCAGAUUCUCUGUGUGCACGGUGGCCUCUCUCCAGACAUCAAGACGCUCGAUCAGAUUCGAACCAUUGAACGUAAUCAAGAAAUUCCUCACAAAGGCGCCUUCUGUGACCUGGUUUGGUCUGACCCGGAGGAUGUCGACACGUGGGCGAUCAGCCCGCGAGGAGCAGGCUGGCUCUUCGGCGCAAAGGUGACGAAUGAGUUUGUUCACAUCAACAACUUAAAACUCAUCUGCAGAGCGCACCAGCUAGUUCACGAAGGGUAUAAAUUCAUGUUUGACGAGAAGCUGGUAACGGUAUGGUCUGCUCCAAAUUACUGCUACCGCUGUGGAAAUAUCGCGUCAAUCAUGGUCUUUAAAGAUGUAAAUACAAGAGAACCAAAGUUAUUCCGCGCAGUUCCAGAUUCAGAACGUGUAAUUCCUCCCCGAACAACCACGCCCUAUUUCCUCUGAGACCUUGCCCUGCCUGCUGUCUCCCUCUCCCCUUGUACUGUCCCUUUACAAUAUACUUUUUAUUGAGCACUUUGCUGCUGAAAUGCUGCCUCUUGCCUUUUUUAUUUUUAAAUUAUCUAAAUUUAUUGUGUAUUAUGGUGUCUGUAGCAAGUUGUUUGUUUUUUUUUCCCCCCCUCCUCCCCUAGAUUAAUUUCAGAGUAUUUGUAACACGUCCUUGAGAUUUAUACUACUGCAUGUAGUUCUUGCAUAUUUCUGGGUUUAGAUGAAACGUUUUCCUUUUAACAAUCGUGAUAGCCGGGCAGCAGCUCGGUCCCAGUGUGUUAUUCAGCUUUUUGUUUGGUAAGUUUUAAGAAAUUUCAGCAGCAAAGUCACUACCCAGCGUGCACGAUGGGACUGUGAAUGCCUUGUGUUGUGUACACCUCCGCGGCGCAGAGCCGGACCCCUCCUCAGAGCUUGUUUUAAGUGGAUAAAAAUAAAGUGGUCAGAAGG